UAAAAAUGCCCGCUUAGCGCGCUCUCCAAACCCCCAGCGCGUUCCAGCAGCAGCAUGGAGCCCACCGUGCCCACCAUCCCCGCCAUCAUGUUCAUCUUCGGGGUCAUCAGCAACCUGAUCGCCAUCGUGGUGCUCUGCAAAUCCCGCAGAGAGCAGAAGGAGACCACCUUUUAUACCCUGGUGUGCGGGCUGGCGGUCACGGAUCUCCUGGGCACCGUGUUGGCCAGCCCGGUCACCAUCGCCACCUAUGUGAAGGGCGCGUGGCCGGACGGGGACCCGCUGUGCCAAUACUUCGGCUUCGUACUGCUGUUUUUUUCGCUCGCAGGAUUGAGCAUCAUCUGCGCCAUGUCCAUCGAAAGAUACAUCGCAAUCAACCACGCGUAUUUCUACAAUGAUUACGUGGAUAAGCGGCUUGCGGGGGUCACCCUACUCGCCAUUUACGCAUCGAACAUACUGUUCUGCGCGCUUCCAAGUGCCGGUUUCGGCGAGGUGAAAAUGCAGUAUCCUCAAACCUGGUGCUUUAUUGACUGGCGGACCAAUGUGAGCGCGCACGCGGCGUUCUCCUACAUGUACGCGGGCUGCAGUUCUCUUCUCAUACUAAUCACGGUGGUCUGCAAUGUGCUGGUGUGCGGCGCGCUCAUCCGCAUGCACCGCCGCUUCGUCAGGCGCACAUCUCUUGGCACUGACCCGCAAAGAGGCGCCGAUCCCGGCAGGAGCCGCAGCUUCAGCCGCCUGGCGGGCGCGGAGAUCCAAAUGGUCAUCCUGCUGAUCGCCACCUCCGCAGUCGUGCUCAUCUGCUCCAUUCCGCUUGUUGUCCAGGUGUUUCUCAACCAGCUUUAUAAGACUCCAGUAGAGAAACGUCUGGAUAAAAACCCAGAUCUGCUGGCCAUCCGCUUCGCCUCCACCAACCCCAUCCUGGACCCGUGGAUCUACAUCUUACUGCGUAAGGCGGUUCUGUCAAAAGUGGUGGAGAACAUCAAGUGUUUGUUCUGCAGGAGCGACUCCCGCGGCCCGCAAACCCAAAACAGCCUGCUGUGUAUAAACGGGCAGCAGAUUUCCUCCAGAGACUCUCCGUCCGGUGUGUCCCGAGAGCUCCAGGACGUCAGCAGCACCUCUCAGACUUCAUUAAACCUGCCGAAAGCUCCCGACGGCGGGCAGAACUCCAGCACAGAGUCCUGUAGAUGCAACAGUCAUGAUGGUCAAUGUAAAAAGCAGAGUUUACAGAUGAGCAUCACUAAUGAAAGCGUCCAGGAGAAGAGCAUCUGAGAAUAUCUUAUAUCAUCUUAUUUAUUGGAGAAAAUCUCACUGUA